GGCUUUUUUUUACGAAGAAAACAUUUCACUUUCUUUGAACUUUGACGGUUUCUGUGAUGAUUAUUAACAAAUGCUAGGGAAUACACUGUCUUAGCAUUCUCAUACAGGACUUAUCUUGGUAUCUUGUAGCUCUUUGUGUCGUAGGAGUGUUUUUUCCAGAUGUUUUUGAGCUGUAGUUGACGUCUUGUACGGAUUGUCGUAUUGGGAAUGAGAAGACCCUCUGUUUGAGAAUCAAUGGCCUAUACCUUAAAGGGGAGUAUUUAGUUUGGCAUGCCCUCAUCGGUAAACAUGGAUUCUUUUCCUCCUGAUCAAGUAGAAGAUGGAGAAGGGAAACCAUUCAGUGAAGUUCAAGCUCGGCAGAUGAUCUCCAAGAUCAGCCGAGAGGAGCUUGAAGACAAAUUUUUAAGGCUUCAAGAAGACAAUACUGACCUCAAGAAGUAUGCCAGGAAACAAGAAGAAAAGAUUAAAAAAAUGGCAACAAAGUUGCUACGACUUGUUGCAGACAAAAAGAAAAGAGAAGCUGUGCAAGGAGGCCCAAGUGGAAAAGAUGUGGAAUUAGAAGAAAAAAUUGCAGACUUACAUGAAAAAAUUAUGGAGUUAGAGAAGCAAAAUUCAGGUCUAAAAAGCAAGCUUGCACUAGCCAAACAGCAAUUGCAAACCCAAGGCAAACGUACUACUCCCUAUGACCAUGUCAAGCCAAGAAUUAACACUGGCAUCCAUGCCAGGUCUCCAUCAGGUAACAGAUUAAAGAAGAAUCUGCGAGUACAAGGACAAGACUUAAGGCCUGGAUCAAGAGUUCCACCUGCACCUACUCCAGUCUUGGCUCAACCAAGAUAUGGACAUAGUCUACUAGAGGAAGCACGUCUUGAGAAAAGGGAAUUGGAGGAUUUUAUUUCCCAACUUCAAGAUGAAAUUCAACUUCUUGAGGAGGACAAAAGACUUCUUCAAUUGCAGAUGGAAGAAAAGGAACGUGAUCAUGAAGAGGAAUUGGCAUUGGCAAGAGAACAGCUGACUGGAGUUCAAAGGUCAAAUCUUCAAGAGAAUGUGGAUAUGAUCAAACUACAAAGAGAUGUCAAAGACAAGUCCACUAAAUUACAAGCCCUACAAGCAAAAUACACAACCCUUGAUGAGAAUCUGAAUAAAGUCAAGAGAAGUCAUACACAACUUCUAGAAGAAAUGGAAAAAUUAAACACAAAACUUAAAGAAGAACAAACCAAAAACAUGAUGCUGAAUAAUGAUUUGAAAACUUCAGGUCUCUCAUCUAAAUCUAUGGCUGAGCAUGUUCAGCUUAUCUCGGAUUUGAAGGCAGAAAAUGAAAUCCUCAAAGAGGCAAAUGAAAAAUUGGUUAACAGUGCAUUUGAUGUAGACAGAGAGAGGCACCACAGAUCCAAACAAAGAAAUCUAGAGGUGGAGUUAGAGCAGCUUAGAGCAACCAUCAACUCUGACCUCUUAGAGAAGAAUGAAAUUCUUGACAAACUUGCUGCUGAAAGAGAAAACGCGGRAAAAGAGCAUAAAGAACUUACAGAAUUAAGAGUACAGUAUUACACCUUAAAGGAGCAGUACGAUACACUCAAAGAAAAGAUGAAGUUUUUCACGCGAGAAAGCGCAGUCGACUUCCAGGAAAUAGAGGAGGCCUUGAUGCUGAUCAAGCAAAGGAAAGAAAAGGGAAGCCAGGACUUGGAUUUCCUGGAGAAAGUAGACGAUGAAUUAGAAAAAGAUUUAAAGAAACAGCACACAGAACUACAGGCAUCUCAUGCAGACACAAUCAACGAGUUAGAGAAAACGAGGAAUAUGCUCAUCAUCCAACACAAGAUUAACAAAGACUACAAGACAGAGGUGGAUCGAGUAACCAAGAAAAUGAUAGAAGACAAGAAAGAAUACGACCUGAAGAUGCAAGAGUUUGCUCAAUUACUUGACAUUCGUGCUGAUAGAAUACGGAAAUUAGAAGCCCAAAUGCGAGAUAUUGCAUAUGGUACAAAACGAUACAAAGCUCUAGCAUCCGAGGAGUCGGAGUAUGAUGAGAUGGAUAGCACCCUUGAACUUGAGAGAGGACAAAAUGUAUUUGAGAUCCAUAUAGACAAGGUGUCUCUAACAGAAGCGUCCUCAGCUGAAUUUGGAGAUGCAGAACCAGUCAUAUUCGUUACCUACGAGUUUUUCGAGCACGAGUUGCAGGCCACUCCCGUCAUGCGAGGAUCAAGUGCGCGGUUUAACUUCACUUCUCAAUAUCUGGUACAAGUGGACGACUUCUUUCUACAUUUCUUACAAAAGGAGUCUACGCUAGUAGAACUUCACCGUGCAUUUGGUACGGACUAUAAAACCAUCGGUGCUUGUCAGCUGAAGUUUAGAGAGUUGUUAGAGAAGUCCCACGGCCGUCUGCAUGGAACCGUUAAACUGAUAGGUACUGUUCCUUCAUGUGAAGGUGUAGACAUCGCAGUCAUGGAGUACUGGAUCAGGUUAAGAGUACCAAUGGACCAGGCUAUCAGAUUAUUCAGGGAGCGUACUAAAGCGCUUGGUUAUAUGGGUUCGAGUGACUACACGGCCCUAGAGGAUGCUGGUCAUCCUCGGAAGGCACCCUCUGACGUCAACGAGUUGGACAUCCAGGUGAUUAAAUGCUCCACUCUAAAGGCAAGACAGGAAGGUAUUCAACCAAACCCUUACUGUGUAUAUAAGUUUUAUGACUUCGGAGAUCACGACACUAGAAUUAUUCACAAUUCUAACGAACCUGUCUUUAACGACGUUAAAACCUUUACCGUACCAAUGACAGAAGAUCUGGACUCUUAUCUUAGAUCUAAGAUGCUUGAGAUCUUCGUUUUUGAUGAUGCUGAUCCUGAUAUGAACUCCUAUCUGGGGGUAGCCAGGGUAUCGAUGAUUUCCCUUGCUAAUGACAAACCGAUCAAAGGAACCUUUGAAAUACACAAGCCAACAGGUGAAGCAAAUGGUUGCAUAGACGUGUGGCUCAAGUGGAGAUACACUUAUCUUCCAGCAAGUGCGAAACCACGUCCACCACAACAGCGACUGAUGACGGUACCCAAGGACGAAGAAGAGUCACCUGAAUACGACAUGGGCGUGGCAGAUGGUCGUGUAGGCCAGGUGACGUCUGUUGAUAGCAUACACUCUAAGCCUCCUAUUGGCUCAUCUACUCCGAAGAGACUUGAUUCAGGAACAGGAAUAACUAAAGAGGAAGUUGAUUUAAAACCAAUGCCUCCGAAAAGAAAAAAAGAAAUCGCUGAAUCACAAGAUGGAAACAAGCAACCAAGGCCAAGACCUGAAAAACCUGUUGAGGACACUGAGCCAGUAGAAGCAGAAAAACCCAAGCCAAUCCCGCGCGCUAGAAAACCCUCCCACACCAUUGAAACGAAAGAGAAGGAAAAACCAAUCGAGGAGAUGAACGUGGAUGAGUUGAUCAAAGCUGCCAGCGAACCACCACCCCCUGCCAAACAACAACCACAUGAGUUCGACACGGAAUCUGAAGAAUCUGAGAUUGAUGAGGAAAUCUAUGAAGAAGAUGAAGAUAAAGGACAAGCCGACGAAGAGAGCGAUGAAACACGAGUUGCGGAAGAGAUGCGUCGCACUGCUGAACGUGAUGGUGAGGACACUUUGUUUGAGGAACAACAGUCAGACUCCUCGAUUGGUGAAGAGGUAGAUAUUCCAGUACCUUCUAAUCAACAAGAGGAAUCUGGAGCUGAGACCAGUGAAAGUGAGGGAUUAGUAGUAACACCAUCACCUUCUAGAACAGGUCACGUUAUGGCGUCAUCACAAACUAUCACCAUACAGAUCACCAGUCUUACCCUCGAUGAGUCUCCCAUACUACGAAAUAAUGCCAUCAAGCAACUGUUCGUAAGCUACAGCUUCCUUGACUGUGACCCAGCUGAACUAGAGACCCCGAUGUCUCUGCAAAAACCAAAAUCACCGCAUAAAUCCAUUUAUUAUAAUUUUAAAAAAGUUUUUCAUGUGGACGCAGAGACAAAUCCUGUUAAGAGGAAUUAUCUUAAAUAUAUGUUAACAUCUGAAAGCCCCACAGAGGGAAGGGUUGUAUUUACUGUAGUAAGUGAGCCAACUGAUCCAGAGGAUGGUGACUGUAUGGACGUGGCCUACGCUCAUGUAGAUUUACUAAAGAUUCUUCAAGAUGGAAAAGAUGUGAUUGAUCAAGAUAUUGAGCUUAUUGACAUGACCGGCGAAAAUGGAGAAAUUGGUUCCCUUACAGUCACGGUACUGGCUUGUGAAGCAUUGCGCAGCCUAUACGAUGACGAGGACUAACUGACAGUGGCCAAGUGAGAAAUUAUCUUACUAGCUGUUCUAUGCACAAUGCUCACAGACGAAAGAUUCUACAGGGCGCGGAAGGCUUUUCAUGUUUUAUAGACGUACGAUCCCGCGAUAUAUCAGAUAGUCAGGCAUUGGGAUUGGAUGCAAUCGUCUGCGUGCUCUUUGAAUGAAUCGAUGCAAUCGCAUUCGAAAUAUGCUGAAAAAUCCCUACCCAGUUGUAGUAACUAUUUGAAAUGAAGGGAUGAAAAAAAAAACUUUCUAUUUAUAGUAAUAUACAUACGCACAUUAUACAUACUUAACCAAUUUGUUCCAGUUUUUCGUGGUAUAUCCUCUUAUUUACCACGAUUUUAAUCAUAGCCUCGUGAGUUCACAGAAUAUUUUGACUGCUGGAGGACGAAAAAAGUGGUAAAUAAAAGAACAUACCAAGGAAAACUGGAGGAAAUUGGUUUCUUUUUUUACCACAAAAGAUCAAAACUUCUUCUACAAAAACAAGUUUAAAAUUUGAAAGAAAAACGGGGUUUCAAGCGCGCGCGUGAUUUGCUGACGUAAUUUAACGGUAUGUCUUAUUUCCCCCUUCUCUAGACUCGGAAAGCGAGAAAAUUCCAAAUAGUGGUAAAUAUUCCCAUAUUUGAUGUUUUAUUAGCUCAGCUCAAGCAUGUUUGGAUAGAGUUUGCCAAAUGGGGCCUUUAUCACAUUAGUCAAACAUGUUUAUUCAUAUUUAUUUGUUAAACUUAGUACGCCAUUAUAAAUUCAAACCGUUUGAUUGUGUACAAAAGAAACUUUAAUAACGACCA